AUGAUCUUUAUAGCUGUGAUGAUCAAUGUAGGAAUGGGAAUUUCUGAGAGAUCUGCCUGGAAACACACGUGCUGGACAGUAGGACGUGAGCUUUGUGGUCAACAAGCUGUAGCAAACCUCGUUGGAGUUUGUGUAUUCUCCUAUGCGAUGUGCGUUCUGAUCCUAGUGGCAAAUCCCAGAUGGAAACGACGCCCAUUGCCUGAAGAAGAAAGCCUUCAUCAGCUUACUGCCUCCAGUAGUCAAGACUAG